GGAAGGUAGAUUAAUUGUGAAGAAGAAGGGUGGAAAAGCAUUGCAGAGUUAUGACAGUUCUGCUUUAUUUCUUUCAGUGAUAAUUCACAGGUUUUUCAGCCUUAUGUCUUACGAACCCGCAGGAACAGCACAACAGUUAUGAACCGACACAGUAUGCUGAUAUCAUCAUCUCCAAUUCGUAUCCCUAGUAGUCGACUCCAUCAAAUCAGAAGGGAGGAAGGAGUGGACUUGAUGAACAGAGAAACAGCCCAUGAAAGGGAAGUGCAAACAGCAAUGCAGAUAAGCCAGUCAUGGGAAGAAAGCUUGAGCCUGAGUGACAACGACUUGGACAAAUCUGAAAAAUCUUCAUCUCCAAAGAGAAUAGACUUCAUUCCUGUUUCUCCAGCCCCUUCACCUACCAGAGGUAUAGGAAAGCAAUGUUUCUCACCAUCUCUGCAAAUGUUUGUGAGCAGUAAUGGAUUGCCUCCCAGCCCUAUUCCUAGUCCCACAAGGAGAUUUUCAAAGAGGAGCCAGAGCCCAAUCAACUGUAUCAGGCCUAGUGUACUUGGUCCUAUUAAAAGGAAAGGUGAAAUGGAAACUGAAAGCCAGCCAAAGAGACUUUUCCAAGGAACCACGAACAUGCUUUCUCCUGAUGUGACACACCUGACUGACCUCAGCUCAUGUUUGUCUUCAGAUAUUCUGGAUGGGAGCACAAGCAGCGUCAGCUCUUCCUCCGACUCCUUGGCCAAAGGCAGCACCACGACAGAAUCGCCCCUCGCGUGCUCCAAUUCGUGCUCUUCCUUCAUCUUGAUGGAUGAUCUUUCGCCCAAGUGACUUUUCCCAGGUGUCUGUCAGUGUCUGCCUGCGCUGUUCUCUCACUGUACAUACGUACCGAGAAGCCCACAGAAAUAAAUCCUUGAGGACCUGAGGAUUUUAAGUACUGAGUGGAAAUAUUAAUGCAACUUUGUUUCUUGGCAACUUCUCCAAGUGGUUUUGAUUACCUUUCUCUUUAGCCGACACAUCAGGCCAUUCCGAUGGUUCCUUUGCUGUCUGGUUUUGCAGCUUUUUUGUUUAAACCAACACAUUAUUUUACCAGUAUCUGUUCAGAUCAUACUAACUUUGCUUUCAAAGAAACUGCAAUGCUUUUUAGAAUUUUCAAACAAGCACCUAAUUUAUAUUAGUGUUAAAAUGGUAGGUGGGGAAACCUUUUGGUGUUGCUAUCAUGGUCAUUGGUUCUGGAGGUAAAGAAUAUGGUGGUGAGAGAAUUGUUAGAAAAUGUCAUUGUUCAACAUGCUUUUUUAAAGGAAUAACCUAGAUUGCUCUAGAAAUUCAUUUAGAGAAAAAAAUGAAGUGCUUCUGCUGGACAAGUGGCAUACUCUGGGCCUUAUCCCCCCUUCAUACACAACACACUUAAAAAAUUAUUUUAUAGAAGGAACUUGUUCUUUAUUUCUCAGUUGCAUCUUCUACUUUUUAAUUUCCAGAGAAGAGGGAGAGGUUGCAAGCUGUCCUUUGUAGUUCAAGGCAGUGGCUGCCAUAGCCUCGGAAGCUUGAACACUUUGCGAACGAUGGCUCUGUUGCAACUGAAUAUCGGCUGCAGCGGGAGGAAAUUUAACACACCUGCUGUUUUUGGGGUUUUACAUAGAUGGCUUCAAAGGCUGCAGGGGCCAUCAGUAGUUGCAAAAAUAUUUUUGGCCAAGGGGAGCUGGAAGGUGGGAGUUACUAGCCACAACUGUUUAGGCUACCAAGUAGAAUAUGUCAGAUAGUCGGUGUCUCCCGUGGCACUGAGAAAUGUUUGUGCCUUAGGAGACCUAGUAAAAAAAUGGAGGAAUGUAAGCUGAGGAUCUGGGUGGAGGGAAAAGACUUUCGUUGUAAGGAGGGCUUGAAUCAGGUGCUAUUGCCCCUCCUGCUGCUCCUUGGUUGCUCCUGAGGUCCCAGAAGAGGAGAAGAUUCUCUCGGCUAUUUGGGGUUGCACCACGCUGCGUCAGGCUUGCCUGAGAAAGAGCAGCCAUAAGCCAACAUUAAUUGCCAGGAAGGCUUCCUGUUUGUUUGGCUGCAAGCUCCAUUUGUACUUAAGGAGCUGACACAUAAGCCAGGAGGAAUAACCUGUAGUACCUUAGCUCAGUUUGGGGUACAGCAAAUGAUUUAUUUACUUCUUAAGAUCUAACCAGGCUUAACAAACAGAAAAGAGAUCCACUUGUAAUCUACUGUGUUAUGCUAUUUAUUAUUUAUAACUGUAAAAAAAAAAAGUCUGGUGAUGAAUUAUAGUAUUUUUUUAUGAUUGAAACCCUUUUUUAUGUUCCGUGAGUGCUGGCUAGUCUGUAUUGAAUAGGCAACCUUGUCUGCCAAAAAUGUAUGCUUCCCAUUCUGAAUGUUUGUAAGUAACCCACAUGCUCUUUUUGUCAAAAUACAUUUUUGAGUUUUUCCCCCCCUUUGGGUAAGAUAAUAGCACUGAAUUUGACAUGGGAUUGUGCUGACCUGUACAGCACGGGAUCUCUGCCAUUAUUUGUCUGUCUAAGGAGGGGAGGGGGAAGAACUCUAGAGAAUAUUUCAUUCUAAGAGGACAUUUCAUUUUCCACACAUUUAGCAUUUUGGUUUUGAAAGUGUUUGUUUGGAAUUGUAAUAAGUACUACAUUUGGGCCAGUUGUGCCUCCGUUAUUGUAAUCUCACUGUGGAGAGUUAGUUUCCCCACUUCCAAUAAAUAUUGUAAAAUA